UUACGGAAAGACAAGGGAUUGGACAAGGAAGAGUAAAACGCCACCAUAAAAUAUUUAAAAAUAAUAUUCAAGGAAUCACUAUACCAGCAAUUAGAAGGUUAGCUUGUAGAGGAGGUGUUAAAUGUAUUUCAGGACUUAUUUAUGAUGAAUCUCGAG